GAGACUACAAAAAUUGCAGCAAAUAUUUCUGAAGAGGCUUCUGGAAAGACUACAAAAAUUGCAGCAAAUAUCUCUAAAGAGACUUCUGGGGAGACUACAGAAAAUAUAGUGAGUAUCUCUGAAAAGACUUCUGAGGAGACUACAGAACUUGCAGCGUAUAUUUUUGAAUUUACUUUCCUUGGCAUCCAGAACAAGACCAGCAACAGUAAUGAAAGUUCUAAUAAUGAUAAUGGUUUUAGUAGUAGUGUAAAAUCAAAAGAAGUUAAACAAAAGAAGCAAACGAUUGCAAAAGAGCUUCUG